AUGGCGCUUCCACCUUUAGUACUGGGGGCUGGAGGGCACCCCACUGGCAAUUCCUUAAAACUCGGCUCCUCUCGCGGUUUGCCAGAUUCUGACGCCGGGCUCGGUGUAUGGCUGGAGAUCCCCAGUGUCUCCGUUCUGCCUCUGACACCAGCUGGGACAGCUCGCCCAAAAGCAAGAUCCCCCCAGGACCCACCAUGCCCGGAGUUGCAGAUGAGAAUUCCUCCAGAACCUCGUACCAUGGCAUGUUCCGGAUUUCACCAUGUCACCAUGGAGCACGUCGGAGGACCAGAGCAGCCCAACCAUAUUUGUGACUGGGAGGGCUGCGCUAGGGAGAAAAAACCCUUUAAAGCCAAAUACAAACUCAUAAACCACAUCAGAGUGCACACAGGCGAAAGGCCAUUUCUAUGCCCGUUUCCAGGGUGUGAGAAAGUGUUUGCAAGAGCUGAAAACCUGAAGAUACAUAAAAGAAUCCACACAGGAGAGAAGCCGUUCGUGUGUGAAUUCGCGGGGUGUGACAGGAGGUUUGCCAACAGCAGUGACAGGAAGAAGCACACCCACGUGCACUCGAGAGACAAGCCGUAUCGCUGCAAAGCCAAAGGGUGCGAGAAAUCCUACACCCACCCCAGCUCCCUGCGCAAACACCUGAAAACGCACCGCAGCCUCGAGCCAGCCCCCUCCACCGCCACCACCAAGCCCCGGGCGGCCGGACAGCCCCCGGGGGCGCAGGAGCCGGGGGCUGGCGCCUGCCAGUCACUGGCCAGCCCCGCCGCUUGUCUAACCAGGUGUGGCCCCCCCAGGUGCCAGGGGAGAGAGAGGGACGCCCCGGAGACGGAAAGAGGGGGCGCCUCCCACGCAACCUCCUGCAGUGGGCGUGAGGCCAGACGGACCCCCCGGCCGGCUCGCCCCCAGCUCUGGCGCAAGGUGCCCUCCGAGGGCUCCCGCAGGUCCCCCAGCCCACUCACAGUCCCGGCCGGGCUGGGAAAGGGCUGGGAGCCAGGGCACAGCAGGGCCACGGGCGCUGCCCACAGCAGGCCCGAAAGAAGCGCUCCCCCCUCCAGGAGAGGGCUCAGUGAGCUCUGACGGGUCACUUCCCCGGGGCCAAAGGGAGCCUUCUUCCCCCUGCCCGCGCCAGGCUUGGAAUCACGGACCCCCUAGCCGGAGCCGAGCGCUGGGGAGCUGCAGCUCCCUCUGGGAACUGGACCGAACAUGUAUAGUGGGUGAGAAUCGCCUGCAACCUCCUUCGGACCUGGGGUUAGCAGCACCCAAUGGCCAAAAGGGCUCCCGAAUGCUGGCCUAGGAAUCCAAGCCAAGAGCAGCCCACGGCCCUACCGGCACGGCAACAACUGGAAAUACCGCGCUCAUCAGCGUCAAGAACCCGAACCCGCCUCUUUCCCCCCGGUGGCACGGGCUGCGCCUCAAGGCCCGUCUCCCUCCCUCACACUCACACACACGUGUUACUCAGGACGUGUGUGUUCUGUGCUUACAGGCGCUCAGCUAAGCCUGGGUCCUGUCCGCCAGCCAGGAAACUGGCCCGCACGGAUUUCAAUCAUCCGUGUGCCCAGUGGUUUCUUUCUGUGGAGAACACGUCUCCUUGGCUCUCACUGGCACGUUAUGGGCGAGUGAGGUUUAGCCUGUCACAAUUACAUUUGCAGUCUCAUAGAGGCGUUGCAAAAAUAGGGUUGCAACCCUGCGAUUAGAGAUAGACAUGAAAAGCACUCAAGCGUGAUUUGUUGUUUUACUGUUUAGCAUUAAUGUUAAUGGGAUUAUUUUGUCCCUUUCCUUGCUACGCUCUGUUUAUGUUCUGGAUGUGCGCGUUUUGUACCGAUGUUUGACAUACGAUUUGAAAUAAAUCACCCAAUGUGCUCCAGGCUCGGGCACGUCAGGUCGCAGGGAGAUGUGUUGCCAAUUAUUGGUUGGGA